AUGGCUGAGUUUGAAUUUGUCACAACGUUCGAUUUACCAAGCCGUGGGCUUGUACCCCGCUCCAAUACGGCCACUGGAGAGGUGGAGCCUGCUCUGGAAGGUCUUCCAACGCCAAGGCAAGGCUCGUUCGCAUCAUUCGUCUGCCAUCUCAGCCAUCUAGAGGCAAAAUUACGAGCCGACUCUCCUCUUGUACUCGACGGCUACUCUAAGAUCCGCAAGAACAAACAUAUUCUCGGCAGGGGCAACACCUUCCUCGUGCGUCAGGCUUCGUGGGUCAAAGACUCAAACGAGCCGCCCCUAGAUGUGGCGCUGAAGGAAAUCAUACCAGAUGGAGUAACGGACAGUCUGGUCCAAAGUGAUUGGAAAGAUAUCCUGUUCGAGAUUCGGGCACUUCUUCACGAACCUAUAAGGUAUCACCCAAAUCUAGUCCGCCUCCUUGGGCUUCAAUGGGGUCUUUCUUCGUUGUCAGAAUCAACAUAUCCAACACUUUUGAUGGAGUGUUCAGUUCUAGGCUCCUUGAAACACCUCCAAGAGUCCAUGGAUCCGUUACCGUUUGCCACAAAACAAAAAUUAUGUCAUGACGUUGCGAGGGGCUUGUCUGCACUGCACGCUUGCGGAAUUGUCCAUGGAGACAUGAAACAUGAAAAUGUUCUGAUCUAUAGAAACCAUAAUCCGCAGCUGGAGCUUCUGGGCGUGGUCUACACAGCUAAGCUUGCCGAUUUCGGAGGCUCUGUCAUGGAUAUGGGUAGCGAGGACUUCCGACGUCUAGAAACGUCGACUUGGCCUUUUCAAGCACCCGAGUGGUUAAACCCCCUUUCCCGUGAUGGCAUGAAACUGACAGAUGUCUACUCCUUUGGGCUGCUCAUUUGGAGAGCGUUCACAGAUGGUAAAGGUUAUGUGUCUUUACCAGGAGCUGCCCAAGACUCCUCUAUUGAAGACAAGGAAAGCUUGGCCACCCAAAAGCAAAGAGAUGGGUUCACGAACUUUGCUGUUGCAGAUCUAUGGAAGUACGCAACUGACCAUAAGGUGCCUCGGGAGUCGCUUGAUAUCACUAUAUACGCUGUACUCGCCACUCUUAGAUUGGACCCUGGGGAUAGAAGCCUGGCGAAAGCUCAGGAAGCAUUGAGGGGAACCAAAUUGGUAAAGAUAGAAGCACUGCUAGAUUUGAUACGAAUUGAGAGUAAUGAAUGGGAAGCGACACAUUCCUCGGGUCCUCCAGGAAAACAUGGCCUUACGAGAGAUAGCCUCAGAUUCUUUCUUGGCAGAGGCGGCAAAAGCGUUGACUUGCAGGACAAUCUGCCCGGAUAUCGCCCACGGUUGAUUGAACCCAGUGCUGGAGAGUUCGUAUUCGAGCCCUAUAAAUUGAAGUUGAUCCUAUCUUGGGAACAGCAACAACAGAUUGUGGCAGAGUUCAAAGCCGCUACUGUGCGCGUAACGGGCCAAGUUCUCGACCUUAAAAGGACUGUGGCCGCCUUUUAUCUCUUUCAGUGCCACCUGGAAGAAUUCGGGGUUGUUUUGGAUUCUGCAGAAGCAAUAGAAUGGCUGCGCCAAGCAGCAGCUGAUGAUGAGAGUCAUGAAGAUGCUGAUUAUCAAGCUCAAGCCUGGUUAUGGAGGUUAUCUCGAGUUUUUGGCGUUAAAUUGAACAUUCCGAAGAAACGACUCGAAGAUCUUCUGAGGAUAUCGGUCUUCAGGGGUCACAGGACUGGACUAGAGGAUCUUUCGCAGCUUGCCUUUCACAUCCGCAGCUAUGAUAAUGCAAGUUGGGAAGCCCUUUACUGGGAUGCACAGAGAUUAUUUCUCAAGUUUACCGGAGCAGUUGGAAUGGCGUACUUCCUGCCUCAUCGAAUGACAAUCAAAUUCAACCUACACAAUCUGGUAGAACUCGAUGCACAGCUCCGUCUGCAUCUUGGGGAGAACUACGAGAAAUCAUUGAAAGCUGGGACAAUCUCAGAAAACCGUUCAGGAAACACUCCACAGGCUUCUACCGAUACCAGCGAAGACGUCAAUGACUUUGACAAUAUAUAUCUCAAUGAGAGAGGUCAUGGCCUUCUUCACUUCGCAGCAGCCAACGGCAACAUCAAAGCACUACGACAUCUUGUCGAAAAGUAUAAGUGUAACAUUGAUCUGCCAAAUCAGCACGUUGACGAAACGCCACUUAUAUGUGCUUGUCAAGGCGGAAAUCUUGAUUGCGCAAUAUAUCUCUUAGAAAAAGGAGCGAAUCCAAAUGGGUCGCGAUUCAGCCAUGAAGGCCCUUUACACUGGAUGUGCAGUUUUCCCCUCCCCGAAAUAGAAGUCCUUGUACCGACGCUCAUCGCUGAAGGGGCCGAUAUCGAGCUCUACGGAGGCGGCAUGCGUCACGAUGUUCGCGGGAUUCGAGCAGACUGGGAGCACAAUUUUGACAUAACCGUGACGCCACUUGGCAGAGCGGUUCUCAUGAGAAGCGCUGAUGUGGUCGAGGUCCUUCUAGAACUUGGCGCAGAUCCGCUUGCAAAGACAGGCAAUAGACAUCAGGGACAAAUGACUGGCCUGCACAUGCAAAAAGAACUCUCGGUCUCGUGUCCCCUCGAACUUGCAGCUGUGUUGACAUUACCCCGCAUAUUGGAGAAAAUGCUUGCCCAUAUCGACCGCUCGAAUCGGGAGAAGCAAAUGAGAGUUAUCGAUGAAGUGGCCAUGCUUGAUCUGGCACACAACAAGAGGGUCACCAAAUUUAACACUCUCACCCUUCAGAGCCGUCUUGUAAGAUGUGGUGUUACCUACGUGACCGAUCUGCGUACGACGUUAUUUACAUUAUCGCGCCGGGCACAAAAGUGGCAUGAAGCUCGUGAUAACGAAGAAAUAAACAAAGAGAGGAGCGAGGUUCUUUGCAAAGAAAUCUCCCUCGGAAACGUCGACAUUGUUCAAUGCUUACUCGAUCUGAACUAUCCAGUCGAUGGGUGCAGAGGAUUCAAGCCGAUUGAGCAAGCCAUAUCUCUCAAUCAUGAAAACAUUUUCCAGCUCUUGCUGAAACAUAAGGUGGACUUGACUUCGAUUCGUACCACACCUGAUGGGUCUCAGCUUUCGUUGCUGCACCUCUGUGCCUCUCGGCCAAAACAAUCAAGGCCUGGAAGAAUGAUAGUCGACCACUUGAUUUCGGCCGGAUUACCACUGGACACAAAAGAUGGCAAGAGGUCCCCUCUCGUGCUAGCAAUUCUCAAUCAAAACUUCGACGUCGCCACCGCUCUUUUAGAGAAUCGAGCAGACGUCAACGCCCCAUACCAGAUAGAAUCGCUAGGGUCAGAUGAGCACUUUCGGGAGUCGGAUGUGCGAACGGUGACAAUACUUGCAGAAUUAUUGGUUCAGCACACCGCUGGCUCUCUUGAAUCACUCCGAUUCCUAUUUGACAAGAAACCAGGAGGCUCACUCCACGGACCCGAUUUUAUCGUCGACAAAACGAGGAAUCUCUCCGCAUUCCACAUUCUGGCAGAGAGCCAGCAGUAUACAGAAACUGCUCAAAUAACGCCGCAGAUUCUCAACCUGUGUGGGCAAGCAUACUCUGAGCCUUCUUGCAUCAACUAUGUUCAUCCUAUACUUGGCUCACCACUCUACUACGCUGCUUCGGUCGGGAACCUGGCAGUUGCUUCCCUCCUUUUGUCCAAAGGAGCAGAUGUGAGCAGUUUAGCUGGACCUGACCUUACUCUUUCCGUGCACUCUCUUCUCCGGACGGAGGGGUCCUGGACUGCCUUGUGGGCAGCAAUCCUUCGUUAUGAUGAGGAGAUCCAGAACUUGGUAGCAUUCCCACCAUCUGACCCCCUUGAUCUCAAACCUGAUUCGAGAUUGCUGGCCAACUUAGAGGGUAUUAUUGAGAAAUUGUUCGAGAGAGACGAUGAUCAAUUAGCCAGACAUGCUUGGAAGAGACUCGUUCAAAGAAAAGGAGGGCUGACAAAGAAGCACAAUGAUGCUGUUAGCGCGAGGAUGAAGAAGAGAAGCGGGUAUCAAGCUACGAAGGACGACAGGCCCGUUGAAUUGUGGAUGUUAGAGGAUAGCGAGGGUGAGGUGAAUAAAGUUGACAAAAAGGUCGCAGAGUUGUCUGGAAAGGAGUGGGUUACAGAUGAGUUAAGGAAGUAUUUCCCAACUGGGCUGUAG